AUGGGACGCGGCCACUCGCCGCUCGUGACGGCGGCGCUGCUGCUGCUGAGCUUGGGUCCGGCCGCCCUGACGCCCGCGCUCCCCACGCGCUGCCCGCCCGGCAAGUUCCUCAGCUGCGCGGACUGUGGGACGAGCCCAGACGAAGUUUGUCUUGCCUGCCCCAGGGGCACUUUCUCCGCCACGGCCAGUGCCCAGGAGACGUGCACCAGAUGCCGCAGGUGUGAAGGAAAAUUCAAAUAUGAAAGGAAGUGUUCUCCAACAAUGGAUGCAGAAUGUGCAUGUAAAGAUGGGCAUCGCUGUAUUGGAAAAGACUGUUCUAAAUGUGUAGAAAACUGUGGAGUAGGUCAGGAACCUCUUGAAGAAGCUUGCCAGACUUGUCCUAGUGGGACAUUUAACAAUCAGACCAAUGGUCCCUGCAGACAAUGGACAAAAUGCCUUCCAGAUAAGGUCCUGGUGAAUGGGACUAAUAGGAGUGAUGUGGUUUGCGGACAAGCUUCUGAAACUAUGACUCCAUCCACCAUUUCCAUCGUAGUCCCUAUCCCUGUACAAGGGAAGGAUCUUCAGGUGGUCACCGUCGGGAUCGCUGUUACUGUGGCCGUGGUGGUAUGCAUAAUGUUUCUGCUGCCUUUGUAUGUGUGCUUCAGCAUCUGCGACAAAAAGAAACUACCUGCUAUGUUCAAGAAAAUGAAUGUAACACCUGAGCAAUCGACUCAGGAGGAGGAUGCCUGCAGCUGCCGCUUUCCAGAGGAAGAACAAGGAGACUGUGAUGACUGUAGCAAAUCCAAACUAUUCAGAGAUUCCUUGGUGCAUUAG